AGCCAGCCAGCCAGCCACUCAUCCUCCCUUCCAUGCAGUCACGACAAAUAGUUCCCACGGUUUCAGGCCUCUGAAAGUUCACAACUGGGAAAUGUUCCGUCUCAUAAUCUCUCUCUCCCUCUCUCUCUUAAAGAAAUUAGGGGGAAAAAAGCAUAAAAACAUCAGAACCAUAAGGAUGGAGGUUGGGCUGAAGCACGAGACACCUUCCAAGAUACAUCUGCUAUCUUCCUACGUCCACAAGGAGUUGAGCCAGAAAACAUACAAUAAGCAUUUGCAGGGCGCGUAGGUGGGGGGUGAAGAAGGAGAAGAAAAAUAAGAAUAGAAGAUCAGGAAACCAAUUAAUAAUUGAACAAGAGUGAGAAUGGGAUUUGUAAAUAACAUAGGAAAGUAUAAGCUGGGUCGUACAAUUGGAGAAGGAAAUUUCGCCAAGGUAAAGCUGGGGUUAGACACUGCUAAUGGCCAGUAUGUUGCAAUCAAGAUCAUCGAUAAGCAGAUGGUCAUUGAUAACGACCUCAUCUCUCAGGUACAGAGAGAAAUAAAAACCAUGAAGCUUCUGCAUCACCCAAACAUAGUUCGAAUACAUGAGGUUUUAGGAACAAAGACAAAAAUUUACAUUGUCAUGGAGCACGUAUCAGGAGGGCAGCUUUCGGACAAGAUGUCCUAUGUGAAGAGGUUUAGUGAAAGGGAGGCAAGAAAGCACUUUCAGCAAUUGAUGGAUGCAGUGGAUUAUUGCCAUGGAAAAGGAGUUUAUCACCGAGAUCUAAAGCCAGAGAACUUGCUUUUGGAUUGUAGAGGAGCUUUGAAGGUGUCUGAUUUUGGACUCAGCGCGUUGAGGAAGCCCGGGGACCAGCUGUCUACAGCAUGCGGCUCUCCAAGCUAUGUAGCACCAGAGCUGCUUUCUGGGAAGAAAUACGAUGGUGCGGCUGCAGAUGUUUGGUCUUGUGGAGUAAUACUUUUUGAAUUACUUGCCGGAUAUCUACCAUUUGACGACCGCAACUUACUGAAAUUGUAUAAGAAGAUAUCAACAGCAGAAUAUGCAUGUCCUCCAUGGUUUUCAGAAGGCUCAAAGAAGCUGAUUGCCAGAGUAUUUGAUCCAGAUCCUAGACGGCGAAUCACGAUCUGUCAAAUUAUCGAAAAUGAGUGGUUUCAAACAAAUUAUGAGCCUGCUGUGGGAAUUGAAUGUGAUGGAAAAAUCAAUCUGGAUGACGUUCAUGCUGCUUUUGAUUCAAUUGAGGAAAAUGCCACUGAAACCAAGAUACCCAAACCCUCUAAUUUCAUCAACGCCUUCCAACUGAUAGCAAUGUCAAAUGAUCUUGAUUUGUCGGGUCUCUUUGAAGAGAAGGGUGACGACAAACAGAAAACAAGAAUCGGAACCAAGCAUACAAUUAACGAGACCAUAAUGAAAAUUGAGGAAGCUGCAAAGGAUGUCCGUCUCUCAGUUGAAAGGAUGAACAACUCUAAGAUGAAAAUGCAUCAGAAACAGAAAAUGACAAGAUGCUGCAGAUCAAAUGUCAAUCUAUCAGCAGAGGUCAUUGAGGUGGCUCCAACUCAUUGUGUUGUGGAAAUAUCAAAAUCUGCAGGGGAAUUGGGAGUUUAUAAUGAGUUCUGCAAUAGUCUAUCGGGUCUGCUGAAAGAGAAAUCAAGCAUUCGAUUAGAAGGACAAGAAACAAAGGAAAUCCACAUUAACAAUCAAGAAAGAGGAUGCUCUGAAAAGAAACAUGAUGAGGACAAUACAGACCGAAGGGCUACUAUUCUUGUUGACAACAGCCCACAUCUCAACAUGCUUCAACACAGUUCCUAAUGGAUCCUAAUGAAUGAUGUAAAGCACACAAUAAGGUGACCUGUUGUGAAUAUGAAAGAAAUAUUGCACAUCGGUUAUCCAAGACUCAACAAGAAAUGUAUGAUGCCUCCAAGCCAUCUUACAUGUUCCAAUAAUUUUUGUUUUUUGACCCGUUUACACGGAUAUGUAAUGAUAAAAAGGUUGGAAUUUUCACCACUCUUAUAUUAAAAGAAAAAUAAAAGAGUUGAAUUUUCAACAAA